AUGUCUCGUCCUCAGGUCAGCAUCGACCGUCUCACGCCCCGCCGGGCGACGGUCGAGCCGCGCGAAACUAUGAAUUGCAAAUCUUGUCGCAAACGAAAGAUCAAAUGUAACCGUUUGCGACCGAGUUGCGAGGCAUGUAGGGUCUUCCAGUGUCCAUGUGUUUAUGAUGCUGUACCCAAAAAACGAGGUCCGAAGACCGAUGUGCUAGAAGCCCUGCUCAAGAGAGUUGAUGGAUUGGAGAAGCGACUCCACGACGAAAAAAACCCCAUCUCACCCACUUCUCCUGAUAUCUCGGACGAUCCACCUAGCUUCCCUGCCCGUCGCAACACCGUCGAUGCCUCAUUCAGUUUAUACUCUUCGAGCGAUCGAACUGCUUUGGCUACCUCUCUGUCGCAACACGGGGAUCCCUUCCCCAGGCUGACUGGCCACCCAUCGAGUCUACUGCAGCAGCCGUCUCCAACAAACAAUGGGUCGCUACCGGACGCAAUCCUUGAUAUAUACUUUGCGCGCUUGCACGGAAAGCCGUUUUACAUACUCGACGAGCCGACAACGCGACAACGUCAUCAACUGGGACAAUUGCCCGCGUGUUUAGCUAUGGCAAUAUUGGCAAUGUCCUUGAGGUAUACAACUUCACCAGGUCAGGUGGACCAGUCAUUACGCGUCGGGCUUGAUACGGCCCUACAGGCAAGGCGCACGAUCGACGUCGACAAUCCCACAAUAGAAGGAUUACAGGCCUUACUAUUACUUUCCCAAGCUUUCUAUGGAUAUGGCUUGGGAAAGAAAGCCUACAUGACAUUCUCAAACUGCGUGGCCAUGGUUGUUGCACUCGACUUAUACCGCGAGUGUCCUUCCAAGAUGAAUGUUGCGCCUGCUGAGCGAGAGAUGAGACGUCGACUAUUUUGGUCUGUCUAUUUGACGGAUAGAUUUAUCAAUUGUGGAUCUAGGCGUCCAUGUCUCAUCUCUGACUAUUCGGUUGUUUUGCGCCUACCAUCUUGGUCACCCCAUGCAGCUGGUCUGAAUGUGGAGGGAGAACUUUUCCAUGUUGGUCCGAAUGUGCAAUACUCUGCGGACUCCCGGCGCAAAUCACCAAGUGCUGCAUCGUUGCUAAUCGACAUCACACGUAUUCUCGGUGUCACUAAUAAGUACCUAGCGGCCGGUGGAGUUAAAGGGGAUUCUCAUUUCCCUUGGCAUGCGCUUUCUAAUCUUUCCAAAAUUCGACAAGAACUAGACAUCUGGGCGGCCGGUACGCAAGAUGUCUUUGCAUCUAUUGAUGCAUUGUUCGGGCACCCUGAGAGCACAACACUUUUGCUGAGCAAGUUGAUCUAUCAUCUGGUACAUUGUUUGAUUUAUCGCCCGUUCCUCCCAAUUGACUUGGUAGAACUUCGAGGCACAGGACAGCAUCAGUCCUGGCAGAUUGAGGCCACGAACCUGUGCUUCUCGCACUCUAAUGCCAUCGCAGAGCUGGUGGAACUGGGUCGCAAUUCUCCGGUGAUUGAAUGGGCUGCUUUCAUCGGAUAUUGUGUGUGCACAGCGGGUACUGUUCAUGUCCACGGUGUGCACUACAAGGGCCGCGAAGGAGAGGUGUUCUCUUCUAGCGCUGAAUUUCUCACUCGGGAAAUGCACCAGCUGGCUUGGUUGCGCAAUAUCUGGACCGGCGUGCAGCAUCAGCGUGAGCUGCUUCAGACCAUCUAUACUUGUCACUCCGAGUUAGUGCGCAACCUGGCUAGUAGCCCAAUGCGGUUCUCGCCAGUCUUCCAUCUCGAAGACUUCCUCGACCGAUAUCCAGGUCUGACAUUAGAUGGAUCACACGUUCGGCUGGUAGACACGGGUGACGAACUCACUCCAAAUACGGCAAACUUCAGCGAUCGUCCAGAUCAAUACUAUCAGAGACCAAUUCCCGCACCCUCAUAUCAGACCCCCUCAUCCUAUUUCUCUACCACAAGGCCAGGUCCUUCAACACCCCUAGCAUCCACUCAAAUGACAGACACCGACCGUCGAAACUCCCAUUCCCAUUCGAAUUCCCAGUCCAUAUCCCAAAAUCCCCCUCAUCCAGCCUCACUCUCACCCACCCUUCAAUUCCACACAAUUCCGAGCAAUCACCAACCAUCACCAUCUCUCCCCUCAAUAUUCACGCUGCCACCCGGAACAGACCUAUCCGGAGGAGCGCCAGAAAACACCCACCUCUCCCUCCCAACCGGCUUCUCCCCCUCCGCCUUCGGCCUCUCACCACCCACCUUCCUAACUGACACCGCCCUGAACAUAGCCCCAACACCCCCCUCAAACCCGCAAUACGCAACCUUCCCCUUCGACACUGCCCACGCCAACUUCAACGGCAUGCAAACGGGUCCCAACGCCCUCACGCCCGGCGCCCAAUCCCAAACCAGCGGCACCCAGACAAGCAGUGAAGGAGGGACUCUUGAAAAAGACCCAUUCCUGAGCUUGUUAGAGCAGCUCGCGGAGAACGAGAACUCGCAGGGCGGGCCAAGCGAGCUGGAUUUCUUCUUGAGGGGCACUGGUGCCGUCGCGGGUGACUCGGAGAUUCCUGAAAAAGACAGUGCUGCGUAA